AUGUCCGACGGUAUUAAAAGACUGUCUCGCAGUGAAUGUAGGAAAAGACGGGCGCUGAAGGAAGAUGACGAUAAGAAGCAAAAGGAUGCACUACAACGAUAUUUCAAGCCAAAGAGAGAACGACCUAGCAGCGGCGAGGGUGGAAAAAUAGAUCCUGAAAAUAUAGUAACCACAUCUUUGGAUGAGAGCUUCAAUCAACUGAAAUCUCAUUGUGAUUAUUUUGAUUUUCACUACGACAUCGGCGAGCUGAAGAAUCCACUUCCUGACAGCCUGGACACAAAGUGUAGAAACUUCGCAGCGAUUUUGCAAGAUCACGAGUCAAGCGACAUUGAUGCACCGGAGUUGAGGGAAGAACUAAAAGUGUUUUCAACAUUGUUGAAACUUGGAAUAGGUCCAAAGGAGACUCUGAAGUUUAUAGGAAGACAUAAUUUUUGCCCCAAUGUUAACAUUGCUCUGAGAAUUCUCCUAACACUCCCAGUGGCAGUUGCGAGUGGAGAGAUGGGUUUCUCAAAACUGAAAUUGAUAAAGACAUACCUCCGAUCAACGAUGAGCCAAACUCGUUUGAAUGAUCUUGCAACAAUAUUGAUUGAGCACGAGCUUGCAGAGGACUUAAAUUACACAAAUCGUGUGAAAGAGUUUGCACAAGCAAAAGCCAGGAAGGUACGAUUUGUCUAG